GGCCGCGCGCGGGAGCCGUCAUCCGGUGGCGGGUCCCGGCCUCGAAGAGAAAAAGAUGGCGGCGUCGGCGGCGGCUGGUGCGGCCUCUGGGCUGCCGGGUCCAGUGGCCCAAGGGCUGAAGGAAGCGUUGGUGGACACGCUCACUGGGAUCCUGUCCCCAGUGCAGGAGGUGCGGGCGGCCGCCGAGGAACAGAUUAAGGUGCUGGAGGUUACGGAGGAAUUUGGUGUUCACCUGGCAGAGCUGACUGUGGAUCCCCAGGGGGCACUGGCAAUCCGUCAGCUGGCAUCCGUCAUCUUGAAGCAGUAUGUGGAGACCCACUGGUGCGCACAGUCAGAGAAGUUUCGGCCUCCUGAAACGACAGAGCGGGCAAAAAUUGUCAUCCGAGAACUGUUGCCCAAUGGAUUGAGAGAAUCAAUAAGCAAGGUACGCUCCAGUGUGGCCUAUGCAGUGUCAGCCAUUGCCCACUGGGACUGGCCGGAAGCAUGGCCCCAGCUCUUCAACCUGCUCAUGGAGAUGUUGGUGAGCGGAGACCUAAAUGCUGUCCACGGAGCCAUGCGUGUGCUGACAGAAUUCACGCGAGAAGUGACAGACACACAGAUGCCACUCGUUGCUCCUGUUAUUCUCCCGGAAAUGUAUAAGAUCUUCACCAUGGCUGAGGUGUAUGGUAUUCGAACCCGUUCCCGAGCUGUGGAGAUUUUUACCACUUGUGCGCACAUGAUCUGUAACAUGGAGGAGCUGGAAAAGGGUGCGGCUAAAGUCCUGAUCUUCCCUGUGGUACAGCAGUUCACAGAGGCCUUUGUGCAGGCCCUCCAGAUCCCAGAUGGCCCCACAUCCGACAGUGGAUUUAAAAUGGAGGUCUUGAAGGCAGUGACAGCCCUGGUGAAAAACUUCCCAAAGCACAUGGUGUCCUCCAUGCAGCAGAUUCUGCCCAUUGUUUGGAACACUUUAACCGAGAGUGCAGCUUUUUAUGUGAGGACAGAAGUAAAUUAUACAGAGGAAGUAGAAGAUCCUGUGGAUUCCGAUGGUGAAGUCCUGGGCUUUGAAAAUCUCGUCUUUAGCAUAUUUGAGUUUGUCCAUGCGCUGCUAGAAAAUAGCAAAUUCAAAAGCACUGUUAAGAAAGCCUUGCCUGAGUUGAUUUACUAUAUAAUCCUGUACAUGCAAAUUACUGAGGAGCAGAUUAAAGUAUGGACGGCCAACCCACAGCAGUUUGUAGAAGACGAAGAUGAUGAUACCUUCUCCUAUACCGUUAGGAUUGCAGCCCAGGACCUGUUGCUGGCUGUGGCCUCAGAUUUCCAGAACGAGAGUGCAGCAGCCCUGGCCGCUGCAGCCACUCGGCAUUUACAAGAAGCCGAGCAAACCAAAAACAGUGGCACCGAGCACUGGUGGAAGAUCCACGAGGCAUGCAUGCUUGCCCUAGGGUCAGUGAAAUCCAUCAUCACGGACAGUGUGAAAAAUGGCAGGAUUCACUUUGACAUGCAUGGGUUCCUGACCAACGUCAUCCUGGCAGACCUCAACCUCUCAGUUUCUCCUUUCCUCUUGGGCCGGGCACUUUGGGCUGCCAGUCGGUUCACUGUGGCAAUGUCCCCUGAGCUGAUCCAGCAGUUCCUGCAGGCAACCGUUAGUGGUCUUCAUGAGACACAACCCCCCUCCGUCCGAAUCUCUGCUGUGAGAGCCAUCUGGGGUUACUGUGACCAACUGAAAGUCUCGGAGAGCACACACGUGCUCCAGCCCUUCCUGCCCAGCAUCCUUGACGGCCUAAUCCACCUGGCAGCCCAGUUCAGCUCAGAGGUCCUCAACCUGGUGAUGGAGACCUUGUGCAUUGUUUGCACAGUGGAUCCCGAGUUCACAGCCGGCAUGGAGAGCAAAAUCUGCCCCUUCACCAUCGCCAUCUUCCUGAAAUACAGUAAUGAUCCUGUUGUGGCCUCACUGGCUCAGGACAUCUUCAAGGAGCUGUCCCAGAUUGAAGCCUGCCAGGGCCCCAUGCAGAUGAGGCUCAUCCCUACCCUGGUUAGCAUCAUGCAGGCUCCGGCAGACAAGAUCCCUGCGGGACUCUGUGCGACAGCCAUUGACAUCCUGACCACAGUGGUGCGGAACACAAAGCCUCCUCUCUCCCAGCUCCUCAUCUGUCAGGCUUUCCCCGCUGUGGCUCAGUGCACCCUCCACACUGAUGAUAAUGCCACCAUGCAGAAUGGCGGUGAGUGCCUGCGAGCCUACGUGUCAGUGACACUGGAGCAGGUGGCCCAGUGGCAUGAUGAGCAGGGCCACAAUGGGCUAUGGUACGUGAUGCAAGUGGUGAGCCAGCUGCUGGACCCCCGGACCUCCGAGUUCACUGCGGCCUUCGUGGGCCGCCUCGUCUCCACGCUCAUCUCCAAGGCCGGGCGGGAACUGGGGGAGAAUCUGGACCAGAUUCUCCGUGCCAUCCUCAGUAAGAUGCAGCAGGCCGAGACCCUCAGCGUCAUGCAGUCUCUCAUCAUGGUGUUCGCUCAUCUGGUGCACACCCAGCUGGAGCCCCUCUUAGAGUUUCUGUGCAGCCUCCCUGGCCCCACUGGCAAGCCUGCCCUGGAAUUCGUGAUGGCCGAGUGGACAAGCCGACAGCACCUCUUCUAUGGACAGUAUGAGGGCAAAGUCAGCUCCGUGGCACUCUGCAAGCUCCUGCAGCACGGCAUCAAUGCCGACGACAAACGCCUUCAGGACAUCCGGGUGAAGGGAGAAGAAAUCUACAGCAUGGAUGAGGGCAUCCGCACCCGCUCCAAGACAGCCAAAAACCCAGAGCGCUGGACGAACAUUCCUCUGCUGGUCAAGAUCCUGAAACUGAUCAUCAACGAGCUCUCCAAUGUCAUGGAGGCCAACGCCGCGCGCCAGGCCCCUCCUGCAGAGUGGAGUCAAGAUGACUCCAAUGAUAUGUGGGAGGACCAGGAGGAAGAAGACGAGGAGGAGGAGGAUGGCCUAGCUGGCCAACUUUUGUCAGACAUUCUUGCUACAAGUAAAUAUGAGGAGGAUUACUAUGAGGAUGAUGAGGAAGAUGAUCCCGACGCCCUGAAGGACCCUCUCUAUCAGAUUGAUCUGCAGGCCUAUCUCACAGACUUCCUCUGCCAGUUUGCCCAACAGCCCUGUUACAUGAUGUUCUCGGGCCACCUGAAUGACAACGAGAGGCGGGUACUGCAGACCAUUGGCAUCUAGAUGAGGAGCACUCUGUGCCGCUCUUCCCGCCCAGUGCAGACCACCCUGCAGCCCAUGCUGGCCUUGAGACACACUGUCAACCCACAGUGACUCUGCAGAAUGACACUGAUAACGACUCAGACCAAGUCCACCAGUGCCAUCACUUGGGAAUUCUGGGAGAGCGGACAGCUCCCCAAGUACCCCAAGGAAAGCCCGUCUCCAGUCCUGCCUCUGACUCCUGGGACCCUCUGCUGGCUAGUCCACAACCAUGGCUGCCUGGCAGGACUGUGUGCAAGGAUUAUUUUGCCCCAUUGUGGGAGCACAGGAAGUCAUGACCAUUUAUAUUCUAGAACAUACCGGACAUCGGAUGUGUUUGAAUCCCGUUGAGCUGCCGCAGCACUUCCUGGCCUUC